AUAAAUUUAUUCUACGCUUCACUAAUAAGUAAUAUCAGUUUUAUUCGAGAGCUGAUUCACCUGAAUUAUAAGACGGAGAAUACGAACCGGAACCGGAAUCGUCCCAGAAGAUGCCAAAUUUAUCAGGAUCCUCGGUCGAUCAACCAUUUCCGUCGGAAUCGCGAUCGCGAAAGAAGGCACAUCUCAUCAUGCCAAUUCAGCUUUUCACUCUUCUCCAGACGUCCUCGCUCCUUAGUAAUUAAGCCAAACACCUAAGGAGGGGCGAGGGAGAGGGACGGUCCGUCGGUCGGUACAAGGCAGAGCAGAGCUAACAAGGAGCAAAGAUGCUCGCCGCGAGGGCGACUGCUCCCCACCACCACCAAUGCCGCCUCCUCCCCUCCAAGCCCCUCGAGAUCCCUAACUUAAGCCGUAAUCCUAGCAUUAGCCUUGGAUCCGCGAGGGCCCCCCGCUUCCUUUCUUCCCUCAACUCCACCCAGCUCGGCGGAAGCAGCAGCACCGCCGCGGCGCCGCCUCUCCAGACGCCGGCCCAAACGCGCGUGGACAUCCUAUCGGAGUCGCUCCCCUUCAUCCAGCGGUUCCGCUCGAAAACAAUCGUGGUCAAGUACGGUGGCGCCGCCAUGAAGUCCCCGGCCCUCCAGUCCUCCGUCAUCAGCGACCUCGUCCUCCUCUCCUGCGUCGGACUCCGCCCAGUCCUCGUCCACGGAGGUGGUCCGGAGAUCAACUCGUGGCUCUUCCGCCUCGGCCACCAGCCCCAGUUCCACAACGGCCUCCGCGUCACGGACGCCCUCACUAUGGAGGUGGUCGAGAUGGUCCUCGUCGGCAAGGUAAACAAGUCUCUCGUCUCCCUCAUCAACCUCGCCGGCGCCACUGCCGUGGGCCUCUGCGGCAAGGACGCCCGGCUCCUCACCGCCCGCCCCGCCCCCCACACUGCGGCCCUCGGCUUCGUCGGCGAGGUGGCCCGCGUUGACCCCGCCAUCCUCCGGUCCAUCCUGGCGAACGGCCACAUCCCCGUCGUCGCCUCCGUGGCCGCGGAUGACGCCGGGCGGGGCUACAACGUGAACGCGGACAGUGCCGCGGGGGAGAUCGCAGCCGCCAUGGGGGCGGAGAAGCUGAUCGUGGUGACGGACGUGGCAGGGAUCCUGGAGGACCGAAACGACCCAGGGAGCCUGGUGAAGGAGAUGGACAUCGGCAGGGCGAGGAGGAUGGUGGAGGAGGGGAAAGUCGCCGGCGGGAUGAUCCCCAAGGUCAACUGCUGCGUCAGGUCCCUCGCCCAGGGUGUCCGCACCGCCAGCAUCAUCGACGGCCGCGUCCCCCACUCCCUGCUCCUUCAGAUUCUCACAGACGAGGGCGCCGGGACCAUGAUUAAGGGUUGAUUCUGAUUGAUCCCAACGCGCUGCUGCUCUUGUGCUGAUGACACUGCUAUUGCUGCACAUUCCAUGUCUAAAUUUAUAGCCAUGUAGUUGUAUUGUGGGUAGCUCUGACCAUAUCAUGUAUUAUUUCAUGAGCCAGUAAAAAGUUAUCAAAUA